AAAUGCACACCGUCGGACUGUUUAACCAGCAAUUACAUUUCAAUUUGCGAAAAUAGCUCAUAUAUCAACAAAUUUGCCGGCAAAUUGUCCCUCUUUAGACCAAUUAAAUGACCAUUUCCUGCGCGGAUCUUCCAUUUAAUGCAUUCAUAUUUGCUCAAGGCUUGGUAUAAAAGCAGUGCAGCCUUUAAGCCAGCUCGCAGCAGUUAAAUAAAAAGCGUCGUUACGACAGCAACAGGCAAACGACAGAAGAAGAAGCUACUGUAAAAUACAACGCGUAUUCUGCAAACACCAGGAGAAAAUGUGGCCAACGCAAACACACGUCACAACUUUGUUACAGCUCUUAAUACAAAGAUAUUUCGCACAAUUCUCCUCCGUGCUGAUUGUUCAUGACGGGCGCGUUGAUGCGGACAGCGCCUUGCAGCGGGAGUACCUUGAGGCAGUGCAGCUGGCGUUCCGCAAUCUGUCCCAGCAGGGACGCGUAAUUGGACUGCAAUGGAUUGAUGUCAGUCAACUGGACGGCCAAGGAAGCAGUAGAGACGGCGACAACAGCGGCUUUUGCGGCAGCUCCGCAGGUAAAGACAGUCGCAACAACAGCGUUGACAAUUUGGCCUACGACGAUGAGCUGGAGUUGUGUGUGCUGCGUGCCGUUGACAUUGUCACCGAGGGCUUCAUCACCAUUCUUUCGGACACUGUACGUUUCUUACAUGCUCGUUACUUUGCCACACGCAACGCUGAGUUACGCCUCAAGGAUAAAUUUUAUCUAUUCUUGUGCGAACACGAACAUUCCGAGGAGUUGCUAUCCACCGAGAUACUGCAGUUUUACCCACACCACCUUAUGGUCACACCGGAGAAAAUCGGAGCACCGCAGAGAGACAACCCACAAGCAGCAACGGCAACUCGUCGCAAGCGCAAUGCCACAAAACCAACAACAGUAACAACAACAAACCCGCUACCCACACUCACCACAGCAACUCCAAGCGCGCACCGCGACAUCAAUAUCCAACUGUGGACACAAAAGUUUGUCGGCGCCCGUGGCAAUUUGGAAGCGCUGCUGUUGGACGCCUUCUUGCCGAACGAAACUUUUGCCAGGAACGUCGAACUUUACCCGAAUAAAGUUAGCGAUCUGAGAGGGCGCAACAUCCGUGUCGGUUCCAUUACAUACAUACCGUAUGUGGUGGCUAAUUAUGUGCCAGCUGGUACAGGCGAUGUGGAUGCAUUGAACUCCAGUGAUUACAGCCGCACCAUAUCAUAUUUGGGCUCGGAAGCAGAACUUAUGAAAUCUUUUUGCGAGGUGCGCAAUUGUCAUCUACACGUGGAACCAUAUGGCGCUGAUAACUGGGGUGUAAUUUAUGAGAAUGAGAGCGCGACUGGUAUGUUGGGUGAUGUGUACACACAAAAUGUCGAAGUUGCCGUUGGUUGCAUUUACAAUUGGUACAACAACAUUACCGAAACAUCUAACGUCAUUGCACGCUCGUCUGUUGCCAUUUUGGGACCAUCGCCGGCACAAUUCCCCGCUUGGCGUGCCAUCAUAAUGCCAUUCAGCACCGAACUUUGGAUUUUCUUAAUACUAACGAUUUUGCUUUGUGCCGCCGUUAUGUACUUUAUACGAUUUGUAGCCUCUACGCUGGACAAAUGGCAGAGGAGUCUACAACAGGAUUUUCAACACACAGCUGCAAUUGGACAAGCGAUAUUAGAUAUGUUUGCGGUUUUCAUACAACAGCCAUCGGGACCGACAAGUCUGCACACCUUCGCCGCUCGUUUCUUUCUGGCAAUGAUACUUUGUGCUACCAUUACCUUAGAGAACACCUAUAGCGGUCAAUUGAAAUCGAUACUCACCGUACCACUUUUCACUGAAGCUGUUGAUACUAUGGAGAAAUGGUCAAAAACCGAUUGGACUUGGUCGGCACCAUCUAUUGUGUGGACUCAAACUAUAGACAGCUCACACAUAGAGAAAGAGCAAAUAAUGUCCGAGAAAUUUGUGGUACACGAUUACGAUUUUCUAUAUAAUGCCAGCUUUCGACCGGACUAUGGACUGGGUAUCGAACGUCUGAUGAGCGGUUCUUUCACCUUUGGUGAUUUUAUAACGGCGCCUGCUUUAGAAACAAAAAUUAUCUCAAAAGAUGAUUUGUAUUUCGAUUGGACGCGUGCUGUCUCCAUAAGGGGCUGGCCAUUGAUGGCGCUUUUUGACGAGCAUAUUAGCGCAUGCAUUGAAACAGGACUAUUCGUGCACUGGGAGAGGCAGAACGUCGCCAAAUACUUGGAUCGCCAAACACAGCAAAUUAUGCUGAACUUAGCCUCGGGACAUAUCAACAAAUCACCGCCACAAAAGUUAACCAUAGAGAACAUUUCGGGCGCCACAUUUGCAUUGAUUUUCGGCUGUCUGAUUGCGAGCUUUGUAUUCCUGUUGGAACUAAGUAUUUAUAAUUUCAAUAAAUUUCAGGAUUUCCGUAAUAAAACAAAAUGAAAAAUCUAAAAA